AUGGAAUUCAGCAGAGAAAUAUUGUUCAACGAGAUCAACAGACAGAUGUGUGUCAACAUUUUACACGCCAAUAAGUCGAUAGGCAAGAUCUCCUUCCAGCGACUUGCGCUAGAACUACAUUGCUCUCCACGCACUUUGUUGUUUACGAGAGACACAGACUACACAGUCUCCACCGUUAAACGAUGUGCAUUGAUGGGAUCUUGUGUGGGAGAUGCAUGCUCACAAGUUCGGCCCUCAACCACCAUUCCAGAGCUGGCCAAUGUAUCUCGAUAUCCAGGAUAUUCCGGAUGUGAGGCAUCCUGUGGAAGUAUCUUCUGUGGUUGCCCUACCAUGCUACCUUCGUGUACAUUUUAUCGCAUUGCGCACAUUCCCAGAUCAAACUUCGUAUACGAAGUUGUUGAAUGCAUGGAAUGGAAGCCCAUAGUACGACUGCGAGUGCAGAUUUCAUUGUACAACAUCAACAUUUCCAGAACUCUCGCUCUCAGACCAUACAUACCGCAGAAGAUAGAAGACAUCGCUGUAACUGUGAUCUCUCUUGCCAAGCCUACGAGCCCCAUUUUGCACAGUAGAUUUGCAGUCACAAGCAACGAAAUAUUGGCUGUACCGGAAGGGUACAAAUUUCCGGUGGAAUGUUACACAAGAGAACAAGCCUCACGCAGCUUCCACCUGUGCAAAAAUCGAAUGAUUUGCAACUGUGACGUUAGUCACGAGCCAACCCGAUGUGACUGUCCAACGCACUCCAUAUGGCGCAUAAGAAAGGACGUAUCUAACGUGUUUCCGAUUUCGACCCCAUUCGUGAGAAUCACUGGUGAAAAUGAAUCGAUCAUCGCUCAUUCCACGAAGGAAGAAAUGACAAUAUCCAUCGAGUCCAAGCUCAUGAAAGGAAGUGCCGAAUACUAG